CUUUUAGCAUAUUUUUUUCUGGGCUUAAGAUGUCUGGACGUGGAAAGCAAGGCGGCAAGGCGCGGGCCAAGGCCAAGACCCGCUCGUCCCGCGCCGGGCUGCAGUUCCCCGUGGGCCGCGUGCACCGGCUGCUGCGCAAGGGCAACUACGCGGAGCGCGUCGGGGCCGGGGCGCCCGUCUACCUGGCCGCGGUGCUGGAGUACCUGACGGCCGAGAUCCUGGAGCUGGCGGGCAACGCGGCGCGGGACAACAAGAAGACGCGCAUCAUCCCGCGCCAUCUGCAGCUGGCCAUCCGCAACGACGAGGAGCUGAACAAGCUGCUGGGCAAGGUGACCAUCGCCCAGGGGGGCGUCCUGCCCAACAUCCAGGCCGUCCUGCUGCCCAAGAAGACCGAGAGCCACAAGGCGAAGGGCAAGUGAGC